UCCUCCCACCAAUCCGAUUGCUUUUCGGUUGUGACGUCACUGUCGUUGGGGAAAACAACAGUUUGGACCGUUUCCGAUAUCCGUCCGGGUGGGAAACAAAGGGCCGGAAGAUAGUUCCGGUAUAUAUAAAAAGGCGCACGUGCUUUGCAAAUUGUGACACACGAGGCAAGAUGGCGGCUCUGAGGAGAGAAGCGAGGCCUCCUCGGAAGUAAAAGGCCCGGAUUCGGUUUAAAUCCAGAUAUAAUAAUAAUUAUACUUAUUAUUAUUAUUAGAUAUGGAGCUGCCGAUGGAGGGUCUGGAUGGCCUCUAUGGGUCCCUGGGCUUCCUAUGGCUGAACCGCUUCUACUUAUAUUCCGGGGCUGCCUUUGGGUUCGGCCUCUGGGUUUGUCUCCAGCUGAUCCUCGGCAAAAGCCCCAAGCAGAAGCACGGAAAGGAGAUCGAAGAGCUUCCAAAAAGCCCGGUUUUCCAAAAAGAGGAGAAAAACCAAACGAUUGGCGUCAAAAUAUUUUACGGAUCCCAGACCGGAACGGCAAAGAGGUUUGCCUUGAAGCUGUCUGAAGCUGUCGCCUCGCUGGAUUUGCCAUCAAUCGCCAUUGAUAUGAAGGACUUUGAUCCGGAGGACGCGCUGGCGGAAGAGGCCCGCGGUGGCACGGUGUGUGUCUUCGUGGUGUCCACGUUCACGGACGGACAACCUCCGGAGAGCGCGGCCUGGUUUUGCAAGUGGCUGCAGGAAGCGGCCAACGACUUCCGGGUCGGGAAGCACUUCCUGCGCGGGUUGCGCUUCGCCGUCUUCGGCCUCGGAGACUCCGCCUACCGGGAGAACUACAACGCCGUGGGGCGUCACGUGGACCGCUGGCUGUGGUUGUUGGGGGCUCAGCGGGUGCUGCCGUUGUGCCGAGGGGACGCCGACCCUUCUCGGGGGAGCCUGGGCAGCGAGUUCGAGGCCUGGGAGGCCCGGCUGCUCUCGCGGCUGAAAGCCUUGCGGAAGAAGGACGGAGGAGGCGUGAAGAGCGGGACAAAGAAGAGGGAGAAGAAGCCGCAAAAGGAGGCCACGCAGGAUCCCCCGGCGGAUCCCUUGGAAUCCAGCGGCGAAGGCGAGGAGGGGCAGGACGCGCACCCCGUGACGGACGUGGAGGAUCUGGGGCCGGCCAUGCGACGCAUGAAGAAGGCCCAGGAGGAAGGAGAGGAGGCCGGGGAGCCCCGGGAGAUGAUCACGCCCGUCUUGAGAGAAGCCCUGACCAAGCAAGGUUACAGGCUGAUCGGGAGCCAUUCGGGGGUGAAGCUCUGCCGCUGGACGAAGUCGAUGCUGCGUGGCCGUGGCGGGUGCUACAAGCACACUUUCUACGGGAUCGAGAGCCACCGAUGCAUGGAGGCCACCCCCAGCCUGGCCUGCGCCAACAAGUGCGUCUUCUGCUGGAGGCAUCACACGAAUCCGGUCGGGACCGAGUGGCGCUGGAAGACGGACGACCCGGAAGUGAUCUUCAAGGAAGCCCUGGAGAACCACCUCGGCCUCAUCCGACAGUUCAAAGGGGCCCCGGGGGUGCUCGAGGACCGGCUGUGGGGGGCGCUGAGGCCCGGUCACUGUGCUCUGUCUCUGGUGGGGGAGCCCAUCCUGUACCCACACAUCAACGCCUUCCUGGGCCUCCUCCACCGUCACCGCAUCUCCAGCUUCCUCGUCACCAACGCACAGUUCCCCCACCAGCUCCGGGGGCUGGACCCGGUGACGCAGCUGUACGUGAGUGUAGACGGGGCCACCAAAGAAAGCCUCAAGCGCAUCGACCGCCCGCUCUUCAAGGACUUCUGGCCGCGAUUCCGCGAGAGCCUGGCCGCCCUCGCACAAAAGAAACAGCGCACGGUCUAUCGGCUGACGCUGGUCAAAGCCUGGAAUGUGGACGAACUGAAGGCCUACGCCGACUUGGUGGCCCUCGGGACCCCGGACUUCAUUGAGGUCAAGGGGGUGACCUACUGCGGGGCGGGGGGCCUGACGCUGGCCAACGUGCCCUGGCACGAGGAGGUGCUGCGCUUCGCCCAGGAGCUGGCCACCCUCCUCCCGGACUACGAGGUGGCCUCCGAGCACAAGCACUCCAACUGCCUCCUCAUCGCCCACAACAAGUUCAAGGUGGGCGGGGCCUGGCACACCUGGAUCGACUUUGGCCGCUUCCAGGACCUGGUCCAGAGCGGGGGGCCCUUCUCGGCCUGCGACUACAUGGCCCCCACCCCGCCCUGGGCCGUCUUCGGGGACCCCCGGCGUGGCUUCGACCCCCAGGAGACCCACUUCCAGCGCAAGGACAAGGCCAAGAGCCUCGCGGGGUGCUGACCCCCAAGAGGAGCUCACCGGAUGGACCUUACGGGGACCGGGAAGCCCCCCAAAAGCUUCGGGAGGACCUCUUGAUGUUCUGGGGGUCCCGUGGAGACCCUACUCCCAUCCCGUUUGAGCCUUAUUUGGAGCUGGACCCUAUAUUUUGACUUAUUUGGACCCCAUAUUUCGACCCCACAUGUGGAUCCCACUCAACCUCGACUGUUUGGACCCCAUAUUUCGACCCCACAUGUGGGUCCCAUUCAACCACCACUAGACCCCAUAUUUCGACUCCACAUGUGGAUCCCACUCAACCUCGACUGUUUGGACCCCAUAUUUCGACCCCACAUGUGGGUCCCAUUCAACCUCCACUGGGUCCUAUUUGGACCCCAUAUUUCGACCCCACAUGUGGGUCCCAUUCAACCACCAAUAGACCCCAUAUUUCGACCCCACAUGUGGGUCCCAUUCAACCACCACUAGACCCCAUAUUUCGACCCCACAUGUGGGUCCCAUUCAACUUCCA